GCAACUUGCACGCACACAUGCGCACACAUCGGCGGUUGCUAAACGUCAAACAAAUCAAAACAAACGAAGUCAAUCAGUUGUUGCCGCAAUCAAUUUUCAUUUUUCCAUCAGACGUUUUCCCUCAAACUUUCGCAGGCAAAACAAAAGUGAUAACGGUCACUGAAAUCGAUACCGUUGUGAAUAUUUUAAUGGUUCAAUAAUUGCUCGCCACUUUUAUUGUUGAAAAAUAACAAUCAAGCUAAGCGAUGAGUGCCAAGAAGGAGCCGGAGACGGUUGGCUUCUGGCUGCCGAACCAGUGCAGCGCCAAGAUGGACAUCCUGACGCCGCACAAGCUGGCAGUGGUGUUCCUGAUUCAAGAAUACCUGUCGCUCAAAAAGUCAGCGGAGGAAAAUCCACAGCUGGAGUUUACGGCACGGGACCGGAGGAAGUUCUGCAUUCUGCUGCUCAAACUGAUCCAAUACCCGGACAUGGCAUUCAAAGAUCUGUACGGGUUGCUCACCUCGCCCGUGUACGGAAUCCACCGGGCUCAUCUGGAUGAGUUUGAAAAGCUGAUGAAGAUGCUCAAAACGGUUGGGAUCGAGAUUUUGUUCGACUUGUACAACGUAAUAGAGAAGCUGAUUACGGAUAAUGCUAGCAGCUACCAAAUUGGCAUCGUUGGGUUGUACCUACGCAGGGUGUUCGUAACGUUGGAUAAGAUGAAUUUUCCGGAAUUUAUGGCACUGUAUCGGAAUGCGGUGGCCUAUUACGAGAAGGGCGUUAGGGCAGUUCAAAUUUCGAGUAGCACUUUCUCGAAUAGCGAAAGCUUUAUGAAACUCGAAGCGCAGACAGUGUACAAAGAUCGGAACUCGACUAGCAAAUGGUCUAUGAAGCAAGCGGAGCUGUUCGUCGCACAGCAGAGUACACUGCUGCAGAACAACGAAAUGAAUGCCUUGAAACCGAAGGAAAUGCAAACGAGACUGAAUGAAAUUAUCCAUGAUCAUCCCCUCUACUCGCAGGCCUAUUUCGUAAGCUACUUAAACAGUGUUCGCGUAAGAGAUUUCGUCAACGCAAUUGACGCGCUGCAUCGUUCGUUCGAUAGGAGCACGCUGAACUCCAUGGCUCUGGUCCAGGACAACAAGGAAUAUCAGUAUUCAGCGCUGAACUUGGCUAUUCUGCACGCUCAGUUCAACCACACCGAGGAAGCACUUGCAAGUCUCAAAGAAUGCAUCAUGCUGGCCCAAGAGAAUAGCGACAAAAUUUGCCUACAGCUCGCACACGCCUGGCUCUGCCUUCUAGAUGCCAGCAAACCGCAGUUCUCAGAGAAGAACAUUGCCAACAAGGAACUGAUAACUCUGGUACAUUCAAUUUCCCUUGGAAUUCAAUCGCUGGUGAAAUCAUCCGCCGCAACUGGUUACACGCCGGCCAAACUAUUCGAGGUCCUGCUCAAGAGUGACAUCCUUAAUUGCCAGACAUCCAUGAUAGACUUGAUUGCCAAUGGCAUCGCAGAACGAGCUGCUCUUUGGGCCCUGUAUGGGAAGAAUGAGGUUUCUUCGCUUUGCUCGCAGCUGUUGUUAAACUCGGAUCUCAAAUCUCUCGGCAAAACCUACAAUGGCGAAGGAAUCUGCCAAGCGCUGUGCUCCCUGAUCGUCUGGUUGGCACUCCAAGGCGAGUUCAAUCUAGCGCUGAUUAUCCUGAAGCACACCAGAGAACGAUUCCCGCGCUAUCCAUUGUCAAAAUCGUGGAUGGUUGUCGAUUACUACAUCAGUUCGAUACAGGCCAUUUUUCGAGGCGAAUGGACCGAUGCUAGUAACGCAUGCUACCAACUCUACACCUUGGACAAGCAUCUGUCUCUACUACAACGAGCCUAUUUGGCACUGGCUCGUCUGAACAUCACUUCAGCUGACCUCUUACUACGUAAGCUACUGGAUGACGACACAAUUGAGCCCCUCACAAGGGUUCGUGCCCUCCUACUAUCCGCCCACACGCUUACCCUUUCCCCAGCUACGACCAAAAUGGAAGUGGUCAACGUCCUUAACGAAGCCCUGGCGAUCGCCAACAAAAACUAUCUAGACUACGAAAAGGCUCUCAUCGAAAUGCACUUUGCACACGUCCUGCUAACGAUGAAGCUGCCGCAUCAAGCGCUGAAAUCGGUCAAAAGUUGCCUGGAGAAUAUCCUAGCCAACGGUGGCAUCUACGAUAGGGCAAAAGUGCUGUUCCUGUUUGUGAAAUGCAUCCUGGUAGUGGAGCAGAAAGCGGUCAACAAAAUUUCCAAAAUCGGCAAAUGUUUACCGAUGCUGGAGCAGGCGGUGGAAUACUUCCAGAAGCUGGAAUGCUACGUCAAGGUAAAGGAUGUGUACAUUUUCCUGGCCUCGUUCUACAACGAGGUCGAGAUGAACGAAGAACGGAACAAGUACGCCUAUAAGUACCGACUAGUCGAGGAGCAGUACCCGACGGCGCGUGAAUAUUUAAAUUUAUUCUUCUAAUAUCGAGAUUAAUAUUGCUUGAAAAAAUAUGACAUUGAGCAACU